CAGAAAUGUACAUUUGCUUGCGAAGGUGAUGAACAAGUAGCAUUGGUCAAUAAAGAAUCCUGUGUACUCAAGCAGCUAUCCCCUGGUGGUGCAAAAAAUCAAGUUAAAAUAGGAGGUGAGAUUGCUGUGGAAAUGGGAUUCUGCGUGGAAGGCCAAUGUGUUCCACCGGGCAGCCAGGGGCCCCCAUCAAAUGGAAAGCCCCCCCGUGACACAAACCCGGAUUGUGCAGCUUGGAAAAAGAAGAAAGCUGAUUAUCCUUACAACAACUGCACAUUUAUAUGCGAAGGGGAUGAAGAUGUGUUGCUCAACAGUAGGCAAUUUUGUGUUCUGAAACCUCAAGCCCCUAAGAAAACUCAUGUUAAUGGUGGCGACCAGGACACUGCCGACUUAGGAGUCUGCGUAGGUGGCAGAUGUAUUCCAAACAAUAUCCAGACGCCGGAAACAACUAGAAAGCCAGGACCCCCACGUGACACGAAUCCAGAUUGUAAUGCUUGGAGGAAAAAUCUAACGAAUUACCUUUAUCGCAACUGCAUGUUUGUAUGCGAAGGAGAUGAAGAAGUGCCUUUGAGCAAUAAACAAUCUUGCGUCCUCAACUCGACAUCUGAACAGGAUACGAAAAAUCAAGUAAACGGGGGAGAGCUAGGCACCGUAGAGAUGGGAUACUGCAAAGACGGCAAAUGUGUUCCCUUGGACAACAAGGCACCUAUUACUACUAUAAAGCCACAACCUCCCAAGGACAAGAACCCAGAUUGUUACGCUUGGGAGAAGAAUCAAACUAAUUACCUAUACCACAGCUGUACAUUUGUUUGCCAACUGGAUGAAGAAGUGCCAUUGAACAAUGGACAAUCUUGUGUCCUUAAGCCUGCAUCUGGAUCUCCUUCAAAAGAUGCAAGCGAAGGUGGAGAGCUGGGAACUGCCGACAUUGGACACUGCGUGGAUGGCAAAUGUGUUCGCCCGAACAGCAAGGCACCAUUGAUAACAACGAAACAGCCAGGACCCCCACGUGACACUAAUCCAGAUUGUACUGCUUGGAGGACAAAUCGAACUGAUAAUCUCUAUCACACCUGCACGUUCACCUGCGAAGGAGACGAAAGAGUGGCUUUGCAAAAUAAGGAAUCUUGUGUUCGUCAACCUUCGCCUGGGUCACCUUCAAAACAUCCAGGCAGAGAAAAAGACCUGGGAACUGUAGACAUGGGACAAUGCGUGGAUGGCAAAUGUGUUCCGCUGAACAGCAACGCCCCAACGUCUAAACAGCCACGACCUCCAAAGGAAACUAAUCCUGAUUGUACUGCUUGGAUGACGAAUCGCACAGUGAGUAUUUUCUGCAUUCCCCUCUUCUGCACUGUUCCCUCUGUCCUUAAGAAUACUAAUCUCCUUGGCCUAUCUGCUCGGGGUUUUACGAUGCUGCCUGCUGUCGUAAGGUGGGCUACCUACCAAGUACUUCACCUAGUAGAAUCGCAUGUGCAGUCACGCCAGUAG